AUGGCUGGCCGCAUUGGUGAAGAUGGUAACUAUUGUUCGUGCCCACCGAGAGUGACGCAUAUCGAGCACGCAAUGGCGUUUGCGCCAUCACUCGAUGACGCAUCGUUGUAUGGCGACCGCGGUGCUGCUGUGCCUCAACAACGAGUCGCACCCUCAAUGAUAGACAGGUCGCUGAAACGGAGACAGGCGCUGGUGAAACGACGUAAAUCAAGAGGCAAUUACGCGAACGUUCAAGCACAAGGAUAA